GUUUCUUUUAUUUCAGUUUUAAAAUUCUUAAGUAACCCUUUUGAGUGUUUUUGUAACUAAAUUAACAUGGCUCGAAUGAACCGCCCAGCCCCCGUGGAAGUCACAUACAGAAGCAAGAGAUUCCUCAUCACUCACAAUCCAGCCAAUGCAAUCUUAAACAAGUUUAUAGAGGAACUUAAGAAAUACGGAGUUACCACAAUAGUAAGAGUAUGUGAAGCAACGUAUGACACUGCUCAUGUGGAGCAAGAAGACAUCCAUGUUUUUGGUUGGCCCUUUGAUGAUACAGCGCCACUGUCCAACCAGAUUGUCGAAGACUGGUUAAAUCUUGUGAAAGCUCAGUUCUGUGAAGAACCUGGUUGUUGUAUUGCUGUCCACUGUGUUGAAAGCCUUGGGAGAGCUCCAUCACUGGUUGUCCUAGCAUUAAUUGAAAGUGGAAUGAGAUACAGAGAUGCAGUACAGUUCAUAAGACAAAAGUGGUGCGGAGCCUUUAACAGCAAGUGA